AUGGCAUCCACUUCUCCUUUGGCUGCCAUUCUAUUAGUAACUUUAAUACAAUGCCUCUUCUUCCUAGUCAUUCCUCAGGCAGAAGCCCAGUCAGCUCCGGCACCAGAAUCCAGCCCUGUGAAUCUCACAGCUAUCCUUGUGAAAGGUGGUCAAUACACCUCCUUCAUUCGUCUCCUACAAAGCACCCAAGUAAUGACCCAGAUCGAAAACCAGCUCAACAAUUCCAACGGCCAAGGCUUGACGGUGUUCGCGCCGACCGAUAACGCAUUCAACAACCUCAAGUCAGGCACAAUCAAUAGCCUCUCUCAGCAAGAUCAAGUAGAGCUUGCUUUGUACCAUGUGUUGCCUAAAUAUUACAGCUUUUCUGACCUUCAAUCGGUAAGCAACCCAGUGAGAACUCAAGGAAGUAGUCAAAAUGGUGGAGUUGAUAACCUAAAUUUCACUUCAGGAAACAACCAAGUGAAUGUCACUAGUGGUGUUGUGACAACGGCAGUGAACAAUCCUCUUAGAGAGCAAUCCCCAUUGAGUGUUUAUGAGGUGGACAAGGUGUUGUUACCUACAUCUCUCUUUGGGGUGCCAGCAGCUGCACCGGCUCCAAACGCUGCCAUAGCUAGUAACACAUCAACUCCUUCGGUUUCAAGUGGUGGAGAGCCAGUGGCAUCGCCUGAUAGUAAAUCUAGUUCUAGUGGUAGGAAUGUGGGGCUGGGCUUGGUGGCUGGGAUUGGAUUAGCUUGCAUGGGAGUUUUGCUACAGUGA